AUACUUGAAGAAUUAGGUAUACCUAACGUUCUUGAAAAUUUCGAGAGGGAAAACGUUUCACAAGAAAUGAUAUGUAUGUUAUCGGACGAUGAAUUAAAAAGGUUGGGCAUAGAAACAAUAGGAUUGAGGCAUAAACUGAAACAACUUCUCGAUUUAAAGAAACAUCAACCUUCAACUUCUGUCAUUUCUGAAAGAUCGCGCCUAUUCAGCCCUUAUUCUCGCACUUCAGCAAGUAAACCUGGGAAAAGAUCACGUAAGAAAGAAAAGUUUAUCACGCUGCAUUUUCUCUGCUUGGCACACACAGGACAGAAGAGUGUCCCAAACGGCAACGAAAAAGAAGUUUUGAAUAAAGCAGGACUAGGAAAGAAAAAAAUUCUUUUGAAAAAAUCUGAUGAUGAGAAGGAAUUAGCAGAAACACUUAUUUCGAAAGAAGUAAAUGAAGAUGGUGAUUUUGUCGGCUUUCCAAAAUUAGCAGAUGGGGGUGGUUUUGAAUUACUUCGCAGUACUCAAAACUGCAGAGAUUUAACUUUAAUAAACUGUUCAUGGUCAGCUAAAGAAUUGCAGAAAAAUGUGAACCCACAGGUUACCAUAUACAUUAGACCAAUACAGAAAAAUUUAUCAACUGAAGCUAUCGUUAAUCGUCCUGAAAAAUUGGCAGAAUUGAGCAUUGAAGAAAAAUGUGUGACAUGUGGAAGAAAAUUUUUAGUAAGGGAACUACGAAAACACACAGAAACAUGUGACCAAGCACCCUCAGUUUCUACAGAUGUUGAUACUACCAGUAUAGUGCCAGUAACACAAAUCGUGCAAACUGAUGUACCAGUUGAUGUUAAUGGAAUGAGUUUUUUUCAGGGCCUAUUCGAAAGUAAUGACAUUACCCUUACAGUGGCCCCAACAGUUGAUAUCGAAAGUGUUGCAACCCCAUCGAUAGAGUUUGAAAAUGUUACAACCCCAUCCAUCGAGGAUGAUAGUGUUGCAACCCCUGUGCAUGUUGAAACUGUAACAGGUGUGACAAAUAGAAUAGUUAAUUUUUGCAAAACACAAAAUAUAUUGGACCCUGUUGAAAUUUUGCGUAAAGUUCAAAAUGAAAUGGUGACUGGUAGACCUUUGGAAGUCGUUGACGUUACAAAUAGUUCUGAAGGCGACACAAACUUCAUUUUGGUAGACAGAACUCAUCUUUUGGAGACAUCGUUUGAUGAAAUCAAAGGAAUUGAGGAUCUUAGAAAGACUUUAGAAGUACAGUUUUAUGAUGAGACGGCUGUAGAUUAUGGAGGCCCCAGGAAGGAGUUUUUCAGAUUAGUUUUGCAGGCCAUCAAGGAGAAAUAUUUUGACAGUGGACUGAGAGAAUUACUUCAUGAAGAUUAUGAAGUUGUUGGAAAGACUUUUGCUUUAAGUAUUCUACAAAAUGGCAAAAUCCCAACUUUUUUGGACCCAGAUGUAAUCCAGAAGAUAUUUUCUGAUUCCACAGACAAUCCAUGCAUAACAAGCUUGAGAGGAGGGCUUGAGACAUUGGGACUGUAUACAUCUAGUAAAGUUCUUUCUUCUCCAGGUGGUCGGAGAGAACACUUGUCCUUAGCAAACGUACUACAGUUUGUGACAGGAGCUGAUGAGGAGCCACUACUGGGGUUCAAAAUCCCACCCACUAUCCAGUUUCCAGAAGUCAUGAACUCAUUCAUUCCAACUGCCAACACAUGCAUCAACUCUCUCCAGCUUCCAAGACCAAAACCAGACUUAAAUGUGAACUUUCCUUUAGAUGAAAAGCUAUUUGAAUUAUAUGAUUAUGCUUUCUUAAACCUCUUUUAUGGACUGCAUUAAGUUUUUAACAAAUUUUUAGUCAUUCUCUAUCACCCAAUCAAGUCUCAAUUUUUUUAU